AUGCUUCGUUGUUCAUCUCGUACGACUGCAGGCAUGAGCAGUCGAUAUUCAUGCAAAGAAUAUGUUCUUGCAUCAUUUAUGAAAGGAAAAAAACAUGCGGUGAUACCAGUAAUGGCAAUUAAUAUCAAUCCAAUGAACAUGGAUAAAGCUGAAAUAAAGAUUUGUGGUGAUACAACGCCACUAACUAUAGUUUCAAAAGGUACAAAGGCACAAAUGAAUAUGGAUAAAACGAAAUUUGCUCGUGAAACAGGUAGCGAAGAAGUUGACUUGGGUAACUUUUUUGACGAUGAUGAAAAAGAAGAAAAAGAAAAUCAAGAACAAAAACAAAAACAAAAACAAGACGACUUCGACUUUUCAACAUCACACGUAAGACCAUCACCAUCAUCAGAAAGAUCAACCAUUGAAAAAGAAAGUUCAAAAAAUAAACCAUCCGAAAGUUAUUGUUCAUCUCGAUCUAGUAUCAAUUAUACAACACAUGAUUUCGAUACAGUAUUCAAUUCACCAUCAACAUCGAGAAAAAAUCAACACGAAUCAGAUAGUUCAAUCGAUUCAAGUGGUGAUGAUAUUGAUGAAGAUGAACGUAAGUUCACAAUAACAGCAGUCAAACUAUAUUGGUUUUGCCUUUUAGCACCACCUGUUGUAAAUAAAAAAUCAACAGAUACAAAUGAUAGUAGUGAAAUGCUUCAUAAAUUGUUAAAUCGAAAAAAACCACCAGCCAAAAAAAGACCAAAAAUAACAACAACUAAUAAUGAUUUAACCAUUGUUGAAUGUACAGGAUGUAGAGAUUUACGCGAACAAAUAAAUAAAAUAACAAAACGUGUGGAACGUGUUGAACGAGUUAUUCCAGCAGUAAAACAAUAUUAUUAUCAAAAGAAAGAUAUUUUCGGUGUUGAAGCAAGCGAAGUUAAGGGUCCACGUGAGCGACCGACCAUAAUUAUUCGGAAUUUAUUUACAAUUUCAAAUCAUGUAACUGAUUACCGUGAAUAUUUAGAAACAAAUUCUGCUCUUUUAAGAGAUUUUAUACAAUAUCGCUGUCCAGGUAUUAUAAAUAUGGAUCAAACUUGGUACGAGAUAGUGAAAUCAAUGGCAUCUUUACAGAAUGACAUUAAAAAGAACUCAAAAACAAAAUUAGCUCGUCAACUGAUAAAUGCUCCCAAUGAUAAAGCUGUGAGUUGA